AAAUUCUAAAAAAAAUUUAAAAAAAAUCCCAAAAAUAAAAAAAUUUUAAAAUGCGUGAAAUCGUACAUCUACAAUGCGGCCAAUGUGGUAACCAAAUUGGAGCAAAAUUUUGGGAAGUUAUUUCCGAUGAACAUUGCAUUGAUUGCAAAGGCUGCUACUAUGGUGAUAGUGAUCUACAAUUGGAGCGAAUCAAUGUCUACUACAAUGAAGCCAAUGGAGCUAAAUAUGUGCCUCGAGCCGUACUUGUUGAUCUUGAGCCCGGUACAAUGGAUUCUAUACGUUCCGGUUGCUUUGGUCAAAUUUUUCGGCCUGAUAAUUUCAUAUUUGGGCAAAGUGGAGCUGGUAACAAU